AUGAUUUACUUGGACGCUACUUUCCUUACUGGUAGAUACAGGGGUACUCUUAUGGAUGCUACAUGUAUCAAUGGAAACAAUGAGUUUUACCCAUUUGCUUUUGCUAUUGUUUCUUCUGAAAACAAAGAUAAUUGGUUUUAUUUUCUGGAGAAUCUUCAACAUGUUGUCGAUGGUCGUCCGAUUGUUUUCCUUAGUGAUGCGAAUUCGAAGCCCGUUCUUGAUUUGUUUUACAAAGCUGCGUACUCUUACACACCAUCAAACUUUGAAGAAGAUUUGAGGGGAAUGCAUGCAAUUGGAGCUGGACAUGUUGCUAACUAUAUCAGGACUAUUCCAAAGCAGAAAUGGGCAAAUGCGUUUUUCCCUGUAUGCAGAUAUGGUGCUCACUCUUCAACUCUUGCCGAGUCCUUUAACAACUGGGUUCUUCCUUUCAAAAAAUUUCCUGCUUUUGUUCUUCUCGAUGCGAUACAUUUGAAGGUUAUGGAGAAAAUGUCUGAGAGAAGGAUACUAGGUCUGGAAACAUUCAACACUAGGCUCACUCCUGAAUAUGAGGCUUUACUAAAGGAAAACAUCGACAUUGGUCGUACUUGGACUGUUGUUCAGUCCAUGGAAAGAUUGUAUGAAGUCAGGUCUUCCGGGGCUCAUUUUGUAGAUCUAUUGCAGAAAACUUGUACAUGUCACAGGUGGCGAGUGAAUGGUUUUCCUUGUGCGCAUGCUUGUGCUUCCAUUAAAGCUACUAGAGAAGACAUCUAUUCAUUUGUUGAUCCAUACUUCACCACCGAAUGGUACAACAGGACAUACCAGGAGAUCAUCUUGCCAAUCCCCAAUUACGACAAGCCACAGUCUUAUGAUCCUAGUGAUAGGGUUAUUGUUCCUAUUCCCGUUCCUCCACCGGGUAGACGAAGAACACAGAGCUUCAAGAAUGCAUAUGAGAAGCAAAAGACGAAAAUGAUGUGUACCACUAUGUACACCUUGGUGUACAAUGGAUGCUUCUAG